UGCAUUCCCUUGUGUAGCCAUUCGCUGCUUCAAUGGGUUGUAGGAAACCCGAAGCACUCUAUUGAUUGCAUGUUGACGUCACAUCAAUCAACGUGAAUCAUUAUUGUCAAAACAUUACUGUUUAAAUAGAAAAUUAAAUUGUUAUAGUUUAAAAUGUCUUCAAUGCGCAUGAAAGCAGCAAAAUGUCCUUCGGACGAAUUAGCAAUCACCAACUGCGCUCUUAUCAACCCGGAUGAUUUUCCCAGUGAUGUUAAGCAUUUAGAGAUCUCUACUGGACCUUCACAGCACUUUGUCUUCAGCAUCAGAUUUUACAGUGGAGUGGACCGAGGAACAGUUGGUUUCUCAGCACCCCAAAGGAAAUGGGCUACAUUGUCCAUUGGACAGACAAUUGACGUGAAACCCUUCAAACCGACAAAUGCUGAUUGCUUAUGCAGUGUCACCAUGGAGGCGGAUUUCAUGUUGAAGAAAACGACAUCUAUGGAGCCCUACGAUUCCGAGCAGAUGGCUCGUGACUUUCUCAUUCAGUUCUCGAAUCAAAUGUUCUCGGUUGGACAACAACUCGCUUUCUCGUUCCAAGAAAAGAAAGUACUCUCGUUAAUCGUUAAAAAUUUGGAAGCUGUGGACGUACAAGCCUUGGCCGCUGGUGCCAAUGCAGUGCCUCGUCGAGUCAGAAUGGGCAGGUUGCUUCCGGAUGCCUGUAUCCAAUUCGAUAAAGCAGAAAACUCUUCACUGAACCUCAUCGGUAAAGCUAAGGGUAAGCAGCCUCGUCAGUCCAUUAUCAACCCAGACUGGGAUUUCGGAAAAAUGGGAAUUGGUGGUUUGGACAAUGAAUUCAACGCUAUCUUCAGACGAGCAUUCGCAUCUCGUGUCUUCCCACCUGAAGUCGUCGAGCAGCUGGGCUGCAAACACGUAAAGGGUAUCUUGUUGUUUGGCCCACCCGGUACCGGUAAAACGUUGAUGGCUCGUCAGAUCGGUAAAAUGUUAAACGCAAGAGAGCCCAAGAUCGUAAAUGGUCCUCAAAUAUUGGACAAGUAUGUUGGUGAGAGUGAGGCCAAUAUCAGGAGAUUGUUUGCGGACGCUGAAGAAGAAGAAAAGAGGUGUGGUCCGAACAGUGGCCUUCAUAUUAUAAUCUUUGACGAAAUCGAUGCCAUCUGCAAAGCGAGAGGCUCCGUCGGAGGAAACACCGGCGUCCAUGACACUGUCGUCAACCAACUGCUAUCCAAGAUCGAUGGCGUGGACCAAUUGAACAAUAUUUUGGUAAUCGGUAUGACGAACAGACGGGACAUGAUAGACGAGGCUCUUCUCCGACCUGGUCGUCUGGAAGUUCAGAUGGAAAUCGGUCUGCCCGACGAGAAAGGUCGCGUCCAGAUUUUGAACAUCCAUACAAAGCGUAUGAAGGAGUACAAGAAGAUUGCCGAAGAUGUUGACUCCAAGGAAUUGGCCACCCUCACGAAGAACUUCUCGGGUGCAGAACUCGAGGGUCUCGUUCGAGCCGCUCAGUCCACUGCGAUGAAUCGUCUCAUCAAGGCAUCGAGCAAAGUAGAAGUGGAUCCUGAGGCCAUGGAAAAACUUAUGGUGGAAAGGGGAGAUUUCUUACACGCGCUGGAAAAUGAUAUCAAACCGGCUUUUGGUACAGCUGCGGAAACUUUGGAGAAUUUCUUAACACGUGGUAUAAUUAACUGGGGAACUCCAGUUUCGUCUCUUCUGGAAGAUGGACAGUUAUACAUCCAGCAGUCGAGGGCGACUGAGGCUAGCGGUCUGGUCUCAGUUUUAUUGGAGGGUCCGCCUAACAGCGGCAAGACGGCCUUAGCGGCCCAAUUGGCGAAGUUUUCCGACUUCCCAUUCGUCAAGGUGUGCUCGCCUGAGGACAUGAUCGGUUUUACAGAAACCGCCAAAUGUUUGCAGAUUCGAAAGUACUUCGACGACGCGUACCGCUCGACUCUGUCCUGCAUCCUGGUGGACAACAUCGAGCGUCUCCUCGACUACGGACCCAUCGGGCCGCGAUACUCCAAUCUCACGCUGCAGGCUCUACUUGUGCUGCUGAAGAAGCAGCCACCGAAAGGCAGGAAGUUACUUAUUUUGUGCACCAGCAGUCGGAGACAGGUGCUGGAGGACAUGGAGAUGCUGUCGGCGUUCACGGGCGUGCUGCACGUGCACAACCUGUCGCAGCCCGAGCACGUGAUGGCCGUGCUGGAGCAGAGCGACGCCUUCACGCGCCGCGACCUCGCCAGCAUACAGCGCGACCUGCGCGGGGCCAAGAUCUUUAUUGGCAUCAAAAAGCUGUUAGCUUUGGUGGACAUGGUGAAACAGACCGACGAAGAAUCAAGAGUAUUCAAAUUCCUCACAAAGAUGCAAGAGGAGGGCGGUCUCGACCUCGGUACCUCUGUACAAUAAGAAUUAUUGCAACCUUAGGGAUUACAUACGCAUACCACACGCACGCCCUCACCCGACACACACGCACACAUGUACACUCCGAGACCCCACAGCUACAAGGCCACCGAGAGCUCCCCUUGCGCUUCUGACCUCAGAAGCUACGAAAUAGACUACGACGACGUGAGCGAGUGCACGGAACCCUUCGAUUCUAGUCAUCACAGAAUAGGUAGAACGGCAAAAGGUAACGAGAUAUCUCCGGUUAAAAUGCCCCUCAUGAGAAUUCGAAGUGUCGAAAUAGUGUUUGAAGACGAAAUGUCAACGUACACCGACACGGGCUUGUUGGAUCGCAGUAUAGAGCUUAUCGUAUCCGACAGUGACGAUUCCACCAAAUGCGUGGAUGAUUUGGAACACUUGCAAGCAGAAAGAGACGAUUCAGUAACUUUAAAUGCGGAAGUGGAUCUAUCCGACGAUAACUCGUUUUCUUCAAAGGAUAACGCGGUCGGCGAUGCCUUGAAGUGUAACCAAAAUGUUGAAUUAUCAGACGACACUCGCGAAUUUCACGAACCCACAACUUUGGUUUACGAAGAAAAUACUUUAUCAUUGAAUGUAUCGGAAUUAGGGGACUCAGGUCGAUUCACUGAAGAAGCUUCCUCAUCUCAUGUCGAAGUGGCCUUUAUAAUGUACGACGACGCUGUUCUUUCCCAUUCAUUCGAUGCAGUCAAUGUGGAUGAUAUAUCUACAGUCAUGAGUAUGUAUGAGAUGUCAGAGGUUAGUGUGGAAGAUAAAGAUAAGAAAAGGUUAUAUGAGUACGUCGACAGUAACAGUGACAGCUCAGACAGUACAGCAGUAUGCGAUGGGGAUAAUGCUGUGGUAACACUUGUAACUACUUUGCCUGAUGUCUAUAAUUUAGAAGAACAACCCUUAUGUGAAAGUAACGAUCUGCAGUAUGACUCGUUUGUUGAUAUUGGUAAAUUUUAACUCCUUAAUUGCUUUAUUGAAGCUUUCUAUUUGUACUAAUAACACAAUAUUUGAAAUUUUAUUUGAAUUUCUUGAUAAGUUGCCUUUAAAUAAUUUUGACCUCAGUUACUGGCUAGUUAUGUGUAUAAUAUACAUUCCACUUGUUUUGAAAACUAUAGGCACGCUUUCAAGGCAUAUGUACCUUUCUGAGCUAUUUACGCCCUAUUAACCUUUUUUACACAGCUUAUGCUCAAAGGGCUGAGUGGUAUGCGACUCCAGUAACCAUGUUAUUGUUCUCUCCCAAUAUCUAUUACUACUUUGUAGAAACUUUAAUAGACUUUGUAAAUAUUUUUCUGUUAUAAUAAAGGAUUAUUAUUCACUUAGCAAUUUCACACAAUGGCAUGGUUACGGACAUCCCAGGGUUGUAAGUCUAGGCAAUAGCUCAAUUUUUUUGUAUACUGUAAUGUAUAGUUUCGAAAGCAAUAUUAUUUAUUUUUUGUUACGUAAAUGUGAUACAGCUUGAUGCUGUUUAAUUUAAUGAAUAAGUAUAUUUGAUUGUUAUUAAAAUAAUACUAAUAGGCGUAGCUUUUUAAGGGAAAAUGUCAAUAUGGAGUAUUUAUUAUUCUAGUAUUAUAGACUUUGCAAGCAUUGUUGACGGUAGAGGUAGAACCUUUGCAAUUUAUGACUUAAAAUCUACAAUUACAAUGAAAAGUACAAUUAAUUAUUAAUAAAAUAUUUAGCUAUCGAUGUUGUACUUAGUAGUUCCAGUCUUUAUCCAACCAAAAAAUGUAUAUGGCACUUAAAAGAUCAAACUUUUAGAUAGCAGUCAAUAUAAUGUGUUGCCAAAAAGUUUUAAUAUUAUAAAAUGCUGAAUAACAGUGGUUUGUUCUAGUUUACAAAGAUUUAUAUAAUAAGUGAUAUAAAUUAUGAAGAUAUUAAUACAUGUUGAGAAAAUAGAUAAAUAUAUUUAGAAUCAAUAACUACUUCCCACAUGUUUGUUGCUAUUUGCGUGCAUUAUAUGCAUAGAACAUUCCAUUUCGCAUUCAUUGAGCUAUUUAUCAAUCGCAAAGUGUUUGUGUAGUGUUUAAUAUUGAAGUACUUUAUGUAUGAUGUUUAUCAAAAAUAUCUAAUAUUCAAAUUCAAUAAUGCUUUUAGAACACCGUAGUUUGCAUGAUGAAAUAAUAGUGACUAAAAUGUUUUCGUGAGUGUAUUAUAAAAUUUUAACUCAAAUUAUAUCAGCAAGGAAUCUUCUAUAAUCAUUUUGAUGUCAAACUGUAUUGUGUAAAGGAAUUGAUAUAAAUAAACUUUGAAUAUACAA